CAAAGAGCAAAUCGAUUGUAUACGGACUGUUGUUACCUUUAAUCAUGGAAUCUUCCAAAAUAGGGAUCCCUCAGCUGGAGGUUAUCACUAGAACAAUUGAUGGUGGAUUAGAUGACGAUUCUAUUGUUGCAUUACUAACCGAAUUAUUCUCAGAUUCUCGUACAUCCGCAUCCGCAAUCUUUCUCCCAUUUCCAUUAACUUUGCAAUCAUCAUCAUCGCCGCUCCCACAACACUUAACCCAGUGGGACGACUCGAUGAUUGAGAUCGUAUUUACUUUAAUCAACCAAAACUUUCAGAUCGAACCUUCCCACACAUCAGCUUCAAAUCAAAGUCAAUCUAUUUUCUCUAAACUAUUAUUCUAUCUAAGCUCGAAUAUUGAAAGAUUACCGAAGCAUCCCAAACUAUGCCAGAUAUUAAUGUUGUUGGUAACUAAACAUGCGAAUAGUGUCAUGGAUAAGUUGGAGGAAAUUAGAGAGAUCGCAGAGAAAUCGAAAGCGUUUAUAAGGAAAGGUGUUAUAGGAAGAGUUAUGUAUUUGGUUAUUGAGAGAGGAAAGAAGGAAG